CCCACCGCCCGCCGGAAAAGAAAAGGGGAGUAUUUCUAGAGAAAAAGAAGAAGAGAUGAGCAGUAGAGGAGGAGGAGGUUCAAGUAGUAGUAGUAGACAGAAUGUAAAUUCAGUGUUUUAUGCAGAAUCGUAUCAUCCAAUUCAAGCUGGUAGUAUUGAUGGAAUAGACAUUCUUCCUCAUGAUAAUGCUGUUUACAGAGCUCUCCUUUGUUCUUCAGCUGGACUCUAUGACCCAUUUGGUGACCCUAAGGUUACCGGAGACCCUUAUUGCAGUUUGUUUGUUGGGCGUCUAUCUCACCUCACUACUGAAGAUUCACUUCAUAAGGCAAUGAGUAGGUAUGGGCGAGUCAAGAGUUUGCGAUUAGUUCGUGACAUUGUAACUGGUGCUUCUCGGGGUUAUGCAUUUGUUGAAUAUGAAAACGAUAGAGAGAUGAGGCGUGCAUAUGAGGAAGCUCACCAUUCUAGGGUUGAUGAUUGUGAAAUUUUAGUAGAUUAUAACCGACAGCAGUUGAUGCCAGGGUGGAUCCCACGAAGAUUAGGAGGAGGACUUGGUGGCAUGAAAGGAUCUGGUCAGCUUCGUUUUGGAGGACGUGAGAGACCGUUCCGAGCUCCCCUGAAAUCAAUUCCCUUCGACGACUUAAAAAGGCUUGGCAUUCCACCUCCUCCAGAAGGACGAUAUAUGACACUUCACCAGGUUCCACCACCUCCUAGAAGACGAAGGAACUCCGUGGAUAGGGAGGAAGAACAGUCACACUCCCACAAGCGCAGCAGACAUUCCCACCGAUCCAGAAGGAGAAGAUCCACCAGUAGGGAUCACAUAUCUGAUUGAUAAAGAAGAAAGGGGAUCACAGCAGAGGAUUGUGUGUGUUAAGGGAGCAGAAUCCGAGAACAGACUUCUUUUUUCUUUUUGGGUGUAAUUAGUAGGAAUACUUCGGUCCGAGUCAAAACAGUCACUUCUGUUUUUUCCAUAUAUAGAUGUUUUGCUGGGAAAGGGAAUGUAUUGUGAGUCUUGCUCCUAUAAAUACAUCCGAUUGCAUUAUUAAAGAAAAAUCCCAUCGAGUUAAACUUUGAA